ACGUGACUUUCGUUGUCAGAGUCGCUGUAGCAAUGGAAGACUACGAUAUGCGUUUGACUACACACAUCGACGACAUUAAGCUGUUUCCUUGCCACAAUGUUCACAGAGGUUACCGCUACUCUGAUGCAAGUGCUGCUUGGGUUCUUGUUGCUUCUAUUCUGAUCUUCUUCAUGAAAGCAGGUUUUAUGUUGGUAGAAGCAGCUUUCGUUUCAGACCGGGCAGAUCGCAGAUCUGUUAUUUUGUUUAAAUAUUUGGAUACUUGUGCGAGUGCAAUUGCCUACUGGAUACUAGGAUAUGGAAUAUCACAAGGAAAUGGACCCGAUUUAAACGACCAGAACGACACUGUACAGUUCUUUUUCAAAUUUACAUUUGCCAGUAACACAGCCACUAUUAUUGGAGGAGCACUGUGUGGACAGCCAAGAAAGAUGCGUCUAGUAGCCAUUCCAAUAUACGCUUUUAUGAUCAGUGGAAUUAUUCACCCAAUGGUGGCAAGAUGGGUUUGGGCUAUCAGUAGUGAUAAAGAUCCCGCACCAUUUAGAUCAGGAUGGUUGUCUCCUUAUCAACGAAGAUACUGCUUCAAUGAAUCUGCAUAUCGUCAAUUGAAUGAAACAGGAUUGCAUCUCAACAACAUGUAUGUAUUGGAUUUUGCUGGUGGAGGUGCUGUGCAUCUGUUAGGUGGAGUAGCAGGGUUGAUGCUGUUGUUGGUCUUAAAGCUAGAUAACUACUUACGAAACAAAAUUUCACCAGCAGAUCCACAAGUAACAGCCAAUUCUGGACAGGAGAGACCAAGCAAGCCCAACAAGUUCCUGGAUUGGAUGUAUCCACAUGAUGGGGGUGGAGACCUUUUCAUUGAAGAUUCAGCUUUAGGUGUCUUCAUACUUUGGACAACUUGGUCAGUAUCACAAUCUUUCUAUGCUGCCUACUUGUACGUACUUGUGAUUUUUCUAUGGCCAAUUCUAAGGUUUGCCUUCAACUGUGGUUCAACAGAAAGUGUAGAGUCAAACACUAAGAUCACAACAUAUCACGAAUAUGGUCAAUAUGCUUGGAUGUACUACAAUGUACCUGGACGUAUUGCCAUGAACAUGAUUAUUUGUGCCGGUUCAGCUGGUCUUGUUGCAGUGUGUAUAGCCGGUGCAGCUCAACUCCGAACUCGAGGUUCUUCAACAAAUGCAAACGAGAUUGCUAACGGUGUUCUUGGUGCACUAGUGGCAAUCACAUCAGGAUGUCCUUUUGUAUAUCCCGAAUGGGCAUUUGGGAUUGGAGGUAUUGCAGUUCUAGUUUAUCACUUUGGUUGCUGGAUUGAAUACAAAUUAGACCUUGAAGACACUGCCAGAGUUUUCCCUGUUCAUGGAAUGUGUGGUCUUUGGUCAAUGCUUGCCCCAGGUAUCUACCUGUCCAGAGAUUUUGUCAAUCAAGUGUACGAAGGUCUCUGUUAUUGCCAUAUAUACCUCCCAGAGGUGGGAAAAGGCAUGCGACUACUGUACCAAUUGCUGGGAAUAGUUGUCAUAGCAACUUGGUCCGCACUGACCUGUGGAUUUCUUUUCUUGGUUCUCAAUUUCAUUCCUGCCCAGAAGUUUGCCAUUCUUUUAGCAAAGUGUCUUUGCAUUUAUGAAGGCAACAAUCCUGAAGAGGCUCGUCUAGUUUUCAAGCGUGGACUACUGUUCACCUGCCCAGACGAGUACACUGAGCACAUUUAUGAUGGCAACGAACUGGAUGAUAUAAAUGUUGAGACAAAUGACUUACCUAUAAGGCCAGUUGCUUCCAAAACAGGCAGGCGCAACAAGACAGAGACAACCCGCCUGCUUUCUGAAACUCGCAGUCUAGGAGGUCAAACAGAAACUGCAGCAACGGGUAUCAUAAGAAGAUCAUUUGAAAUAAAUUCCGAUCACCAUAGGUCACCCUACACCAAGAACACUACCUGCUAA